AUGCGUGGUGGGCGCGCCUGCGCACUGGGCGGCCGCGGCGCAGAGCUGCUCCGCGGCGCCGGCGUCAGGUCCGGGCGGCCAGGACGAAGAGGGCCAGGUAGCGGCGGCGGGCUACGGGCGGCGGCCCGGCAUGGGGACGACGCCAGCCGCGAACGAAGGACGCACUCUCUGCAUGGCCCAUGUCCCGUGACCACGUUUGGACCAAAGACCUGUGUGCUGCAGAACCCCCAGACCAUCAUGCAUAUUCAGGACCCUGCAAGCCAGCGGUUGACGUGGAACAAGCCCCCGAAGAGCAUCCUUGUCAUCAAGAAGAUAUGCUACACCUGCCUGCUGCAGCUCUUCAAGGAGUUCUGCAUGUACCUGGUGCAGGCAAGUGAGGCAGGGGCUGGGAGCCCCGUGCACUUUGUCCCACUGAGGGCACACCCAGCCUGGCAGCAGCUUAUUUUUACAGAGGGUGUAUCCUGGAUGUGGUUCUGAGGGCUGCGUCCGGUGACGGCCUUGCUGCCAGAAUCCCAAGGCGGUGCAGGGUGUUGUGUGGGUCCCAUGUCUGCCUGUUUCAGCUGGUCUCUCACCUUAUAAAGCCACACCCUGAUGGCUUUAUCUAGGCCUGAUUGCCUUGCAGGGCUGCACCUGCAUGCCCUGGGCAGGCUGAGGUUCCACCCUCCCACUGCUGCACAGCAGCUCUGAUGCCCUGACAGCUCCCUCCCAGCUGUGAGCCUGCAAGGGCCACACAGGUCGCAGAUGCAGGGAGCAGUCCUGGUCCGGCACCUUUGCAGGGCAGGACUCACCUCAUUUUUGAAUGUUUGCUUUAUUUGUGAGAGGCAAUCUGUGCAGACAGUUCUUGCAUCUGCUGGAUCCUCAGUGACCUGCAACAGCCAGGGCUGCAUCAGCCUGAAUCUAGGAGCCAGGGCACACUCUGGGCCUUCCAACUGGGUGGAUCGAAGCAUUGGAACUGCUAUCCCAGCAGGGUGGACGGAAGCAUUGGAACCGCUGUCCCAGCUGGGUGGACCAAAGUGAUGGAACUGCCGUGGCGGCCUCCUGGGGUGCACGUUAGCAGGAAGCUGGGGCCAGAGUCAAGGGCAUUCCACUAUGGCAUCUGGGUGUCCCCAGCAGUGUCUUCACCCUGUACCCAGCACCACCCUGGGCAUCUUGUACACCAAGAGGUGAGGAGAGGCCCCUGCAGCUCUGCUGGGCACAGCCCUGCCUACAGCUCCACUAGGUGUCACCUGCAGGAUGACCGCCUGCUGUCGUGGUGGAAGCCACCACGGCCCUGUAGCACUGGCCUUCCGGACACCAUGUGGACCGCAGGUGUGCAGCUGCCACCUGGGCCUGCUUGAAUGGCUGUGGCCACAAAAUUCCAGAGUUUCCAUUGCACGGUGGCUCUGGGUGGUGAGCCAGAGAGGGGGUUGCAGGCCUCCCAGAACCCUUCUUGGAACAGUUCUGCCCCACAGGUCCCUGGCUGGAGCUUCCCCAUCCUGGCACCCACUGACCCCUCUGCAGGAGGCAGCUUGGCCUAAACCACCUUUCCUUCACUCUGCUGCUUGGCAGGCUGCAAGGUGUCCAGGUCUUCAUGCUCUGCUUCCCUUUGACUUCAGAUUGCUCUGAAAGCAGCUAGAGCCACCCACACAGCCCUCCUGGGUCUGUCAGAUGCCUCUCUGGCCAGGGUUGCAGCUGUGCCGAGUACCUGAGUGCAGAGCCCUCAUCCAGGGCAGGGACUUGGCUCCUUCAGACUGGCCUCUGCUCCCGGUCUCCACCCACCCCAGACCCAGCUCUGCCUCAGCCUGUGCCUUGCUCUUGACAGUGACCAUCUGUCACCAGGAGCAGUGUUCUGCACUCAGGUGGGUUUUAAUGGAAAUAGGUUUGCUUGGCUUCCGGUUCUGGUCUGCAGCCCCUUGGCCAUACCUGAUGAUGACCUGGCUGGCAAAGUCCU